CUCUUCUUCCUUAGCCUCUUAGAGACUUGGGCUCCGUGUAGAAGGUUCUAAAGGCUUCAAAGGGACACGGACUUCUUGUUUUUUUCCUAGAAGGCAGGUGAUGGAGCUCCUAUUUCUGCCUCCUCAGGGACACUUGGAGCGCUCUGGCGGCUCGUGAGCCUGGCACUGCCUUCCACCGCCCUUGGAGACCCCUACCUGGCAACUCUUCCCCAGUCGCCUUGAUCUAGAAGGGAAAGAGAAGAAAGAAGGUGGUCCUCAGACACAGUCCAGUCGAGAUGUCCGCGCAGAGCCUGCUCCACAGCGUCUUCUCCUGUUCCUCACCCGCCUCCAGCACCGCCUCAGCCAAGGGAUUCUCCAAGAGGAAGCUGCGCCAGACCCGCAGCCUGGAUCCAGCCCUGAUCAGUGGCGACGGGAGCGAGACCGGCACAGAGGGUAGCCUGCGGGCCUCCACAGGAACCCGCCUCUACUCUCAGCAGCUCCUAGCCGAAGAUCCGGGUUCCUAUUCCGCGUCUUCUCCCCGGAGUCAGCACCCACGGGCUACCCGACUCCCGUUACCCAGACCUCUAUGUUCGUCCUUCUCCACGCCCAGUACCCCGCAAGAGAAGUCGCCGUCUAGCAGUUUCCAUUUUGACUACGAGGUCCCCCUGGGUCGCAGUGGUUUCAAAAAGAGCAUGGCCUGGGACCUGCCUUCGGUCCUGGUGGGGGCCAGUGGCCGCAGCGCUGCGAGCAUCCCCUCUUCUUCUGGGGGAGGCCCCAAUGGCAUCUUCGCUUCUCCCAGGAGGUGGCUCCAGCAGAGGAAGUUCCAACCCCCAUCCAACAGUGGUGGCCACCCGUACAUCGUGUGGAAGUCUGAGGGUGACUUCACCUGGAACAGCAUGUCCGGCCGCAGUGUGCGGCUGAGGUCAGUCCCCAUCCAGAGCCUCUCGGAGCUGGAGCGGGCACGACUGCAGGAAGUGGCUUUUUAUCAGUUGCAGCAGGACUGUGACCUGAGCUGUCAGAUCACCAUUCCCAAAGAUGGACAAAAGAGAAAGAAAUCUUUGCGAAAGAAACUGGAUUCACUAGGAAAGGAGAAAAAUAAAGACAGAGAAUUCAUCCCACAGGCAUUUGGAAUGCCUUUAUCCCAAGUCAUUGCCAACGACCGGGCCUAUAAACUCAAGCAGGACUCACAGAGGGAAGAACAGAAAGAUGCAUCUGAUUUUGUGACUUCUCUCCUCCCAUUUGGGAAUAAAAGACAAAACAAAGAACUCUCAAGCAGUAAUUCAUCUCUCAGCUCAACCUCAGAAACACCAAAUGAGUCCACAUCCCCAAACACCCCAGAACCAGCUCCUAGGGCCAGGAGAAGGGGUGCCAUGUCAGUGGAUUCCAUCACCGAUCUGGACGACAACCAGUCUCGACUCCUAGAGGCUUUACAACUCUCCUUGCCUGCUGAGGCUCAAAAUAAAAAAGAAAAAGCCAGAGAUAAAAAACUCAGUCUGAAUCCUAUUUACAGACAGGUCCCCAGGCUUGUGGACAGCUGCUGUCAGCAUCUGGAAAAGCAUGGCCUUCAGACAGUGGGGAUAUUCCGAGUUGGAAGCUCAAAAAAGAGAGUAAGACAAUUACGUGAGGAGUUUGACCGUGGGAUUGAUGUCUCUCUGGAAGAGGAGCAUAGUGUUCAUGAUGUGGCAGCCUUGUUGAAGGAGUUCCUCAGGGACAUGCCUGAUCCCCUUCUCACCAGGGAGCUGUACACAGCAUUUAUCAACACUCUCUUGUUGGAGCCAGAGGAACAGCUGGGCACCUUGCAGCUCCUCAUCUACCUUCUACCUCCCUGCAACUGCGACACCCUCCACCGCCUACUACAGUUCCUCUCCAUUGUGGCCAGGCAUGCCGAUGAUAAUGUCAGCAAAGAUGGGCAAGAGGUCACUGGGAACAAAAUGACAUCUCUGAACUUGGCCACCAUAUUUGGACCCAAUUUGCUGCACAAGCAAAAGUCAUCAGACAAGGAAUUCUCAGUCCAGAGCUCAGCCCGAGCCGAAGAGAGCACAGCCAUCAUAGCUGUGGUGCAGAAGAUGAUUGAAAAUUAUGAAGCCCUGUUCAUGGUUCCUCCAGAUCUCCAGAAUGAAGUGCUGAUCAGCCUGUUAGAGACUGAUCCAGAUGUCGUGGACUACUUGCUCAGAAGAAAGGCUUCCCAGUCAUCAAGCCCUGACAUGCUGCAGUCGGAAGUUUCCUUUUCCAUGGGAGGGAGGCAUUCAUCUACAGACUCCAACAAGGCCUCCAGCGGAGACAUCUCCCCUUAUGACAACAACUCCCCAGUGCUGUCUGAGCGCUCCCUGCUGGCUAUGCAAGAGGACAGGGCCCCGGGGGGCUCAGAGAAGCUUUACAAAGUGCCAGAACAGUAUAUGCUGGUGGGCCACUUGCCGUCGCCAAAGUCAAAGUCAAGGGAAAGUUCUCCUGGACCAAGGCUUGGAAAAGAUAUGUCAGAGGAGCCUUUCAAUAUCUGGGGAACUUGGCAUUCAACAUUAAAAAGUGGAUCCAAAGACCCAGGAAUGACAGGUUCCUAUGGUGACAUUUUUGAAAGUAGCUCCCUGCGACCGGGUCCCUGUUCCCUUUCUCAAGGGAACCUAUCCCUGAACUGGCCUCGGUGGCAGGGAAGCCCCACAGGGAUGGACAGCGGCACUCAGGUGGUUCGGAGGACUCAGACGGCAAGCACCGUGGCACAGUGCAGUGUCCCCCCUCCCGUCUCGCGUGUCUGUAGCACUCCCCACAUCCAGGGCAGUGGCAGGGGGCUCAGGCGGCCCACGGCCAGGUCUGAGCCGUACUUGUCCCUAAGCAGCAUGGAAGACCUGGCCGAGGGUGAGCUACAGGUGGCCUCCAUGAAGAGCCGGGCCCAGCCUGCCUACCAGAGACCUCGGGAGAGUGCCAGGGAGGACAGGCGACCUCCUCCUCCUUACCCGGGGCCUGGGAAGCCUGCUGUGGCCUUGGCCCAGCAGCCCCUGGAGCCUCCCCUGUGGAGGCUGCAGAGGCCUGAAGAAGGUUCUGGAACAGCUGCAGAAGAGGGAGGCCAGCAGGCCUCGAAAGAGCAUCAGGCCACGCCAAAAAAACUGAGCAGCGCCUGCUCCCUUCCAGCCAGUGAGCAGGACAGUCAGAACUUGGGGGGGACCAACUGGCUGGACUGGCAGCGAGAGCGGUGGCAGAUCUGGGAGCUCCUGUCCACUGACAACCCCGACGCCCUCCCGGAAACGCUGGUAUGAGCCCGCCAGCAGCUGGAGCCCACCCUCUUGAAAAAACCAAAACCAAACCAAAACGCACUUUUCCGGCCCAGACCGGAAAAACUUUCUGAUGGACAAUUGGACACGUACUCCUUUUUCUUUUUUUCACACUUUGAAAGAGCAACACGAGAGAAACUGAGUUCACUUACUGAGGCAGAGCACCCACACCCUCGCCAUUUAUGGUAGGAUUCUAUUGCGUAGCCAGCCUUAGGAAAAGUAAAAAAGUACAAAAAAAAAAACAAAAACAAAAACAAAAAAACACAGCAACAACAAAAAAAAACAUAAAAACAAAGAAC